CUCUGUGCAGGGCCAAAGACAGAGAAAUAGAACUGGAGAAACACCUUACUGCCAUUGCCGAGAGAGAAAACGGCCGCCUGCGGCAAGACAAUACGAAGAUGGAAAACGAUCUCCAGUAUUUGGCGGAAAAGACAAAAACUCUCGAGAACCAUAACUUCAAGGCCAAACAGAAGCUGGAGCAGUUUCGGGUGCAAAUGAACUGGGACCAGCAGGCCUUGAAUUCCUUUUUGGAGGAAUCGACCAUAAAAGACGAUGACAUGAUGGCUAUCAUGAAGUAUACACAUCAGGAUGAGCAGAGGAUCAAGUCACUGACUUUGGCCAUUGAGAGGACGACGGUGGAGGGCAAUAAAAAGCACAAAGGACUUGACAAGGAAAUGACCGAAACUUUAGCGGCGCAG